AUGGAGCUGUACUCUUGCUUCGUGCCGCUACAGUCCCAUACGGCUCGACUGAUGGACGAUCAUGGACGAGCCGCCGAGACCUCGGCUCGUUCGCAGACGGCAAUGCGGAACGUGGAUUCAACCCCUUUGACCGCGCACUCGUGUCUGAGUCAGUAG